AUGCGCGGCAGCGCCUUCAUUGCCGGAAGGGUUGCUGGCCGCUGCCAGCUCACGGCGGCAGAAGCUGCGGCCGCUUCUCUGGCUGCUUCUGCGGUGGCGUCCAAGGCUGUCUACCAUGACCCCACGGUCCUCCGCAAGGCCCCCAUGCACCACCAACUGGUGGAGGCAGACAUCACCAAGGAGUGGCGCCGCGCGCAGCUCGAGGCCUUCCCCUCCAAGUACCACGGCUACCGCCUCGCCGUGCCCGAGAGCGCCAGUGGCGACGACUGGUUCCCAACGCCGCACGGUAUCACCUGCACCGACGCUUGCUUCGCAUUCCCUGAGAUAUUCCGAGGCAAGGACGUUGUGGAGCUGGGCGGCGGCAUCGGAAACCAGACCAUCCUCUUAAUCCACGCCCAGGCACGCUCCGUCACCGUGACAGAAAUCGACGACAGCCGGCACAAUCAGAACCGCGCGAUGCUGGAACUCAACAAGGGACUUCUCCACAAUCUUGACGGCACCGGCAGCGUCGUGACGUACAUUGUCCAGGAUUGGAUGCGCUUCAAGUUCCGUGCCGACGUCAUCAUUACAAACCCGCCUUUCUGUAUGAGCGGUCAGCCGCGCCGUCGGCACUUCAUCGACGCCCUGUGCCACCUCAGCCGUGAUGCGUUGACCGAGGAUGGCAAGCUGGUCUUCUCGCAGUCUUCCAUGGCUGAUGUUGAGCAGACGCUGCAGACCCUCAAGGAGUACGCCUUUGAUGCUAAGAUUAUCCUCUCAGCAGACUUCUACUGGAGGGAUUACUAUGCAAAGGAUGAGAAAUUCCUUGAGGAGGUUGACGAGCUACAGCAGCGGACGGGAGGGAAGGCGUACUAUACCAAGGGUGGGAAGCGUGUCGAGCGCAUCUACGUCGUCGAGGCGACUAAGAAGCCAUUCGAGCCGAACCUCAAGCACUGA